AUGUGGCUCCUCGACACAACGAGUCUUGUCCUCCGUGAGUUCCAGUCUACGCCGCCGCCCUACGCAAUCUUGUCACAUACAUGGGGAGAAGGCGAGGUCUCCUUCCAAGAGCUUGGGACCUUGGAAGCCAAAGAGAAAGCCGGAUACUGGAAAAUUGAACGAUGCUGUGAGCAGGCCAAGUCAGAUGGAUUUGGGUAUGCCUGGGUGGAUACUUGCAGUAUCGACAAGCGUAGCAGCGCCGAACUCUCCGAAGCUAUCAAUUCCAUGUUUCAAUGGUACUCCCAGGCACAGGUCUGUUACGCAUAUCUUGCAGAUGUCUCGUUGCUGCCUGGCGGUGAUGAUGACAGCGUCUCCAGCAAACGUACCAUUUCCUAUCCGCGACCAGUCUGGGGCUUUCCUUCGAGCAGAUGGUUUGAGCGUGGCUGGACAUUACAGGAGCUUAUUGCGCCUAUGCACGUCGUGUUCUUCGACCGUGACUGGAUAGAGAUAGGGACCAAGGCGAGUCUGCUCGAGGAUCUGGUGGAAAUCACAGGCAUUCCGCCCGAGGCGUUGAUGGAUCCGCUGUCCAUCCGGUUUAGUUGCGUCGCAGAGAGGAUGUCGUGGGCUGCGAAGAGGCGGACGACCAGAGUCGAAGACAUGGCCUAUUCCCUCCUGGGCAUAUUUGGGGUCAACAUGCCACUUUUGUAUGGAGAGGGGGCAAAAGCCUUCCAUCGCCUGCAACGACAGAUCCUCGCCGAGUCCAAUGACCAUUCCAUCUUCGCAUGGGCAGCGCCGAACCCACCAAAGAGUUUGACCGAGUUGCAUGGCAUCAGCGUCCUCGCAGAGAGUCCUGCCAUGUUCAGUCGUGACCGCGCGGGACCUGUCACACAAAAGCCCCUCAGUUCCCUCUUCAUGUCUUCGAUACAUCCAAUCACGAUAACCAACGUGGGCCUGUCCAUGGUACUGCCUAUCAUUCUGGUUGAUGGGUGGUGCGUUGCUGUGCUGGAGUGCCUGUGCAAGGGCGAUAGUAUCGGGAUUUAUGUUACAGGAGAUCCAACCACGCCACGACGCUCUAGAUUGCGCCAGCAUCGUCUUGUGUAUUUGAGCAGCGACAAGCUCCAGAAUGUUCGACCGCAAAGUGUUUACAUGUCUACCGACAUCCAUGACGUGGCUCCCACUCCGGGCCACAUGCAGGUAGUUCUAACCGCGAAUAUCAAUUGCAAGCGACAUGGCUGGGACAUGAUAUACUCCUGCACAUGGCGGCGGCCACACCCCCAAGCUGUGCUCAAGACGUACUACCAUCGCAGACUGUGGUCGUUGUCAGUACCGCAGGUGUUGGAGUCAGGAUCGUCGGAAUUACACACGCUGUCCGUCACCGACUUCACUCCCGUGACAGAGGGUGAAUGGCUGGGCAUAUCAUUCACGGCCGUCCAUGGUGACGCUUUCAGUCUGGUCUUCGGACCCAAGGACGGCCGACUCUGGUGCCAUGGGAUUGUGGGCCUUCAAUUGCUGCAAUUGGAGCGCAUGGGUGCUCCCACCGCGGUACAACAAAUGUUCUUAGAGGACGACGGCGGAGUCAAGGCUGAGCCAGCCUGGCCAUAUUUUCGGGAUCGAGUCUCUUACGCAUUGAAUGCUUCGUCCGAGAUGCAUGUGGUUAUCAAGCUCGUGUCGGGGCCGCCACUGCCGACUUAUCGUAUCGAACUGACCCAAGAGCAGAUACCAGAUACAUAA